AUGGUUAUUAUGGCACCGACUGCGUGUGUAUCGACUGCUGAAGUAUGCACCUUCAGAAAAGACUAUAACAAUAGUCUGGACCAUCUCGGUCUUGCCAGCAGUCAUGGCGGGGACAACAAUUUGUUGCGAUCAUCGUUGACUGCCAAGGAGCUUGUUUUGGAUGUGUUGAAGAAGCGUGCGGCGGAGGUGGAUGUGGACCACUGUGGUCCUGGUGAGGAGGAUGCCUUCUACGUGGCGGAUAUGGGUGAAGUCUACCGCCAGCAUAUGCGCUGGAAGAUGAACUUGGGCCGUGUCAAGCCCUUCUAUGCUGUAAAGUGUAACCCGGACCCGGAAGUCCUUCGGCUUAUGGCCCAGCUUGGAAACGGUUUCGACUGUGCCUCCAAGUCUGAGAUCGAUAUGGCCCUUCAGACGGGCAUUGAUCCUAGCCGCAUUAUCUAUGCGCAGCCUUGCAAGACCAAGUCUUACUUGCGCUAUGCCGCCGAGGUCGGCGUCAAGCAGAUGACCUUUGACAAUGCCGAUGAGCUGUACAAGAUCAAGGCCACCUUCCCUGAGGCGGAACUCUACCUCCGCAUUUUGACCGAUGACUCGACCAGCCUGUGCCGACUGAGCAUGAAGUUCGGUGCUUCCAUGGACCAGGCUCGUCCGUUGCUUGAAUUGGCUUAUAAAUUGGACCUCAAGGUCGUCGGUGUCAGUUUCCACGUCGGAUCUGGCGCCGAGGAUCCCCGGGCUUUCCUCAAGGCCGUGCAGGAUGCACGCAUGGUCUUCGAUCACGCGGGAGAGAUCGGCCACCAACUCCAUACUCUGGAUGUUGGCGGCGGCUUCUGCCAGGAUACGUUUGAGAAGUUCGCGGGCAUUCUGGGUGAAGCCGUGGACACCUAUUUCCCGCCGAACAUUCGUGUGAUCGCCGAGCCCGGUCGCUACUAUGUAGCCACUGCCUAUACUCUGGCUGCCAACGUCAUUGCGCGGCGUGACAUUCCGGAUCCCGAUGAUACUUCUCGUGAUGCUUUCAUGUUGUACCUGAACGACGGUGUCUAUGGCAACUUUUCGAACAUCAUCUUCGAUCACCAGCACCCCGUCGCUCAGGUUCUUACCUGCGCCUCGGACGGUUCCCAGCCUGGUUCUCCGAACUCUGCGACUUCGGAGGACAUCACUUACUCCAUCUGGGGCCCUACCUGCGAUGGCAUCGAUGUUAUAACUGAGCGUAUUGCCUUGCCUGGCCUCCUGAACACCGGCGACUGGCUCUACUUCGAGGAGAUGGGAGCCUAUACCAAGUGCAGCGCUACCCGCUUCAACGGCUUCUCUGACAACCACGAGGUGAUUUAUAUCUCCAGCGAGCCUGGUGCCUCUGCUUUGCUCAACUACUAA